GGAGUGAUUUCCUGUAAAAGACCUAUGAAGAGAGUAGGAGGGAUUCAGCCUAGCUCAGUUUACCAGUGCACCAGAGAGCACAAACAUCUUCACACAUUCAUGCUGUUGGUACGCUUUGACAGACUGCGCAUCAGAAAUUCCAGCAACACGGACGUCCCAAAGGACUGGCUUGCAUUUAGUUUUGGCUGCACAGAGAGCAUCCUAAGAGUGACCUGCUCCUCCUUCGUCUGGGACAAGGCAAGAAGUGCAAAGGAACUCCAAUGAAUCUCAAUGUGGACGCCUUUCCAAAUGUGGACUUCUGAUGAACAAAAACACACCAGCCCACAAAGCCAAGAUAAGGCAUCUGUGCUCCUUCCUUGUCCUGUGCUUGCAUUUGGCCUAUGGCGCUGUGCCAGGUCCAUGUAAGCACUCAGUGACAAAGGACCAUCUCCUCAACUUAAGACGUCUGAUUGGGAACCAACUUCAAAAUGGCUGCUCUAUUAGCUAUAACUUCACAGAACGCCAAAACUUGAGUGACGUCUGCUACAUUAAAGCAGCAUUCCCUCACAUCCUGGACCUUCUGAACACUCACUUCAGAUAUGGAAGAGAUUCUGACAACUAUAACUACAUUAGCUCACUGAAGAACCUAAUCUACAACAUCUAUUCACAGAAAUGCAUCCCUCCAAUCAAUGAGGAGAUUGAGGACAAUCCAGUGAAGUUUGCUAAGCUCUACACGACCUUGCCCAGGGUGGGACUGGAAAAAGCAGAGGAGGUCAUUCAAAUGUACCAGAAUCUGGUGACUAAGAACGACAAACCUAUGGAAUGGAACUGUGAAGAUGAGUAUGCAGAGGACUCUCAAGAAUCAACCACUGCACUUCUCACCCAAAUGUCAGGGACCCCAGAGUGCCACUGCUCUUGCACAAAAAUGAGUUCUACACCUUUAAAGGCAUCACUGCUGAUCAAAUCUUCUCUAAGUGCACCAACAACUAUAUCACCACCCAGUCCAUAUCUGGGACCUGUCUUCAGCCACAAGAAUGAAGGAUCUAGAGCAUCUGAACCUGGUGGCAAACAAAAGACAACUAAAUCAAUACAAACCCAGUCUUCACCAGUUUCACCAGAUUCUGAACCUUAUGGUUCAACAGCUGGGGGUUUUCCCAACCUCAUCUUUUCCACCACCCCAGAUUUGACGGACGGAAAGAUGGAGAGUUCACCAUCAUCAGUCCUUUCUUCAUCCAUUACAACCUCAACCGAAUUACCAAGGAUACCACAAAAACAAACUCUUCUUGUUCUCCACUCAGCAACAUCUCAACCCUCUCAAAGAAGCAUCACACCACUCAGUUCACACAGGAGCACAGCACUUUUACUUGCCAAGAGGUCUUUGGAUACCAAAGACCAAGGAAUACUGUCAGAUUUCUACUCAGAACUUCUCCAGAGUUGGAUUACCACAGCCACGUCUGAGCCUGCAGGAAUUCAUAAGAAAGGCCCACUCCUGCAGAUCACUCCUGGAGCAACACCAAACAACCCUUUCCAAACACUUCAUGUGGACAAAAACAUAGCACCAGAAUCAGCCACAGCUGCACCAUCCUUGAAAAUAAUGGAGGAUAUUUCAGAAUACUUGAGCCCUCCUGCUGAACAGUCUGCUGAUGUCAGCACUCCUACGCAUAUCCAAACUCAUCUUCACAUGGCUGCUUCCUUGCCAGAGAAUAUAAUUAAAGCCUUCAGUGAGGCAACAGACUGCAAAGAUUCCAAAUGUCAAAAGGACACUGAAGACACGAAGGCUUAUAUUUCCAGAGAUCAUGUAGAGAGACCCUCGGGGAAAGACUUACAGCUCACUAGCAGCUCCAUAAACACAACAUUCAUAAUCACAUCUGUGUGCUUAGCACUACUGCUCCUCACUGCGGUCCUCUUCUACAAACAGCAAAGGAACAUCAGACUGCUCUUUCAGAGACCAGGGGGAACAGCAACACAAAGGUCGAGCAUCUACGACAAGAUAGAGCUAUAAGAUUGCAAAGGAAAUAAAGGAUCCGAUGGCACAUGACAACCAUGGUUGGAUGCCGAAAAUCCUCAUAGGAGAAAAAUGAUGCUUUCUUUUAAUUCACCCUACAACCUUUUCGUUUCAUUUUCUUUUCACCAGUGUUGUACAUACAUGCUGUGCACAUAGAAAUAUUUAAAGUUAUGUAUUUUUAUACAAUAAGAGUUUACUUUCAUUAAACUGUAACAGAACCGAUUUUGUUUAUAGUAAAGUUUAUCUUUCUGUUAGGAGAAAAUGCUGAUAGAUGUGAGUCACAAAUAAAAUCAAAGGGAUUUGCUAGCUUAUCAACCGAAGAACAUUUCUAGAGAGAGCUGAUGUAAAUACCUCUUCAGUCUUCAGAGCAUUCUUGCAGCAAUUAUUCAAUCAAGUCAUGACUUAAUUAGAUAAAACACUUGUCGGAGCUACUGAGAAGUAUAAAAUAUUAUUUGAUUAUAUAAAGGCAGCCUUUUUGCUAUCCACUGGAACUCAAUACAAUGUAAGCAACUACAGAUGGGUGACAAAUUAAAGGAGAAAACAGAAUUAAUGAGUGGAGAAACAUGAGUGCUUCCAAAACAUGCAUACUCCAUGAGACAAUUGAGCAAUUAACAUUCUACCGUGCGCUGUGGCAUAUGUUAAAAUGCAGAGCCGGCCCAGUUGACUUUGAUUUUGGAUCAAGAUGGCAAGAGAAAAAAAGUAUGAGUGACUUUGAAAGAGGAUUCAUUAUCAGGGCAUGGAUGGUAGGAGCUUCAGUCACAAAGACUGCUCAACUGGCCAGUGUUUCAAUAGAAUUGUUACUGGGGUGACAUUGCAUUUAGAUCUAAGGGAAUCAGUAAGUAGGGUUGGAAAUUCAAACACAUUCAAUGACUGUGAUGCUGUUCUUUAGGUGACUGAGAAUAUCAAUGCAGGAUGUGAUCAGACUACUAGACUACUAACUACAAAGAGAGGGAUAUUAUAGUAGGUUGCAGUGAACAAACUCCUCACUACAAAGAUGAAUGCACAUUUUAGAGUUGAAAGUGUAAAAACAGGCAUGGGUCUUACACAGAUGUGGACAAUGUAAUAUGGUCAGAUGAUUCAGCCUUCAACAUGUUCCCCACAAGUGGGUGGGUGUAUGUGUGGCAACAGCACAGGCUGGACUGCUACAGUGAGGAGGUCUAGUGGUUCUGUCGAACUAUGGAGGGCAUUUUACUGGCAUUGUUUGGGUCCACUCUGGCAAAGGGUCAGCGCAGGUCAAUACAAAGCUGUUCUGACUGAAGACCUUUAUCCUACACACAUGAAUCAUUUCUAUCCUAUAUCCUAGUUCAUCCAUUCACAGGGCACGAGGGGUCACUGAGUGGUUUAAUAAGUACGAAAAUUAUACAAAUCAUAUGCUAUAUUGUUCCAUCCCACCAGCAAGUUUCAGAGACAUUUCAGAAUAAAUGACAAGGUGCAUUGAAGCUGUGCUGGCGGCUCGUGGUGGUCUAAAAUGUUACUUAGACACUUUCCUUUAAUUUGUCACCUGUCUGAAUGUAACAGACCUCAUGUGAUUAGAACAAACUAGAAGGAAAGAAAACUCUUAAUAAAACUCUUAACAAAACUUUCUUUAAACUUUUUUCUACCUUUAUGUGGAGUGGGUAAAUAUGAAAAAUCAAAAAUUGAACUACAGUGAAUAAUUGUUUUCUUAUUAAAACUACAGAUUUUCAUUAAAAGGUCACCUGUUGCUAAUAAA